CCGCCCGGCGCAUCCGGUCACGUGUGCGUGCGCGACGGGGAGGGAGGCGCGUUUCCCGGCGGCGCGGAAGCGGCGGCGUGCGCGGAGGCGAGGAUGCGGGUCAAGGUGCUGAGCCGCAACCCCGACGACUACCUCCGCGAGACCAAGCUGGACCUGCAGCGCGUUCCAAGAAACUAUGACCCUGCAUUGCAUCCAUUUGAGGUUCCACGAGAGUACACAAGAGCUCUGAAUGCAACAAAGCUAGAACGCGUAUUUGCAAAACCCUUUCUUAGCUCGCUUGAUGGCCACAGAGAUGGAGUUAAUUGCAUGGCCAAACAUCCAAAGAGUUUGUCUACGGUGCUGUCUGGAGCUUGUGAUGGAGAGGUUAAAAUUUGGAACUUGACCAAACGACAGUGUAUUCGUACUAUACAAGCCCAUGAAGGCUUUGUUCGAGGCAUGUGUGCUCGUUUCUGUGGUACAUCAUUCUUUACUGUUGGCGAUGACAAAACUGUGAAGCAGUGGAAAAUGGAGAGCCCGGAAUAUGGAGAAGAAGAAGAGCCUAUUCAUACAAUUCUUGGAAAGACAGUGUACACAGGAAUUGAUCACCACUGGAAGGAAGCUGUUUUUGCCACCUGUGGCCAUCAAGUGGACAUUUGGGAUGAGCAAAGGACAAGUCCCAUGUGUUCUCUGACAUGGGGUUUUGAUAGCAUAAGCAGUGUAAAAUUUAAUCCUAUUGAGACAUACCUUUUGGGAAGCUGUGCUUCUGACAGAAAUAUUGUACUAUAUGAUAUGAGAAAAUCAACUCCGUUGAAGAAGGUUAUCUUGAAUAUGAGGACAAAUACGCUGUGUUGGAACCCAAUGGAAGCCUUUGUUUUUACUGCAGCAAAUGAAGAUUACAACCUAUAUACUUUUGAUAUGCGCUAUCUUGAAUCACCUGUGACGGUGCAUAUGGAUCAUGUGUCUGCUGUUCUUGAUGUGGAUUAUUCGCCCACUGGGAAAGAAUUUGUCUCUGCCAGCUUUGAUAAGUCUGUCCGCAUUUUUCCUGUAGACAAAGGUCACAGCAGGGAGGUAUAUCAUACAAAACGAAUGCAGCAUGUCAUCACUGUAAAAUGGACUUCAGAUAACAAAUAUAUUCUGUGUGGCUCAGAUGAGAUGAAUAUUCGUCUGUGGAAAGCUAAUGCUUCUGAAAAACUGGGAGUGCUUGCACCACGAGAGAAGGCAGCUAUGAAUUACAAUCAGAAGCUGAAGGAGAAGUUCCAGUAUCACCCGCAGAUCAGACGCAUAGCUCAACACCGUCACUUGCCUAAAAGUAUAUUUUGCCAAAUCAAGGAGCAACGUAUCAUGAGAGAAGCUCGUCGGCGAAAGGAACUGAAUCGUCGUAAGCACAGCAAACCAGGAUCUAUGCCAUUUGUGUCAGAGAGGAAGAAACAUAUUGUGGCAGUAGUGAAGUAAUUGUUUUCACAUGUACAAAAUGUCACAAUGAAAGAAAACGUCACUAUUGAAUGAGUCCACUGUAAAAAAUUUGAUGGACAUUAGUAAGACAGCAUAUGGCUCCAGAAAUGUGGCUUUUCUUCCAAGUAUACACAUGCUCUGAUUUCUCAAGUCAUUGUCUGCUUUGGGUAAUCAUAAGAAUUGGCCCUGUAAUCUUUUAUUGCCAUUUGCCUGUCUGAUGUUGUGUAUUGCAGUGGAGUUUGGCCCUUUUGACAUAAGCACAUAACUUGGUAGUUGGUGGAAGACAUCUGUAGUUCCAGUCCUAUUCAUUGGUACCAUUACUAUAAAAGAAGGAUAAAAUAGAUUCAGAUUUGUCAGAGGCAAAAAAAAUUUGUUCCAUACAGAGUUAUAAAAGCAGUUAUCCUUAUGCUGUUUAGUUCUGGGCUUGGGGUUUGUUGGUUUUGGGUUUGUUUUUUUGGUUUUUUUUUUUUGAACAAAUCUAAUAAAGUAAACAAGUGACCUUAAGGCAAUGGACUAGAUCUUGAUUAUUCCGACUGACAAAUGUACUGUGUUAUACUUAUCACAGUACAAUAUAUUAUUUUUCUUUUAUCCAAAAGGCAUUCAAUGAGAUUCUCAGACAAAUGUAAACAUAUUUACAGUUUUGUUCUGUCUUCUUACCUAUUGUUACAUGACUUGACAAAACUUCAGACUGUUGAAGUUGCUAAUAUUAAUAAUGACAUAGCUGAACAAGUAUCUUUUCUCAUUAGCUUAUUUAAAACUUGUAAAAUCUGGAUGAAAGAUGACAUAAAUUGUAUAAAACACAGAAACUUCUUUAGGUAAGAUUUAUUAUAAGCCUUCUAUUUUAAGUUUAUAUUAAAAAAAAAAAUAAUACAAGCUUCAUAUUUCACCAGGUACCUAUAGCCCAAAGUUCUUUUACUGUUUGUUUGGAAAAUGCUCUGCUUCAAUUCCAAUGGGAUAAACUUAACUUUUUACUGAAGAUACUAAGGUGAUCAGAAAACCAUGCUGGAAUUCAACUAGGCCUCCUAGGCUGAAGGCUUCUCUUGCAGAGAUAUGAGAUACAUAAUAACUAUAAGUGUUGCUUAACAUCUUCUGUACAAAAGGAAUUUUUUAAGCCUUUGCAUUACUACAAAAUCUUUAACUACACUCCCCCAGUCCUGAGUUUAUGCACACAAAAAAAUUUAUGAACUCAAUUAGAAUAAACUUUAUAGUUUAACUUUUUUUUUCAAUCUGCAAAUUUGAGCACUUGCCUUCGUAUAGCAUCCUGUUUAAUGUAUCUACUGACACUAACAUCCAUAUGCAUUUCUAGUUCUUACUCUUUCACUUGUCUCUUCUAGCACUGUUUGGGCAAGAUUCCUGGAUCAUCAUGGCAAAAUUAUGGCUGUUUGGUGAUAAGAGGCCAUAAUGUAUCUUUUACUUUCUGGAUCACUUACCUUAUGGGGUGAUGCAGGAAGAGAAGCAGAUCUGAAGAGCUGUAAGUAGGAUGAUGAGAAGCAGUGGAACAGAUCAGGGAAUAGACUGAUGCUGGCUGUGUGCCUGUUGUACUAAUACAGUGCACUCUGUGCCAAAUACAGUUUAUUUUCUUCCUGAAACACUGAGAAAAUUCAGGGAGAAUGUGUGGUCCAAAGUAUGGCUUGUGACACAGCUGUAGUCAAGUCUUGUACAAUUUGCAAAACCAGACUAAUCUUCUGGUAUGUGAUUAAAAGUUUUCAGCCUUGUCAGUUUAGCUCGAGUUGAUGUAGUUGGUUGGUGAUUUCUUGAGUCAUGAUAACCUCUGGUGUGAACAAGCUCUGCUGCUUGGAAUUUAUUAGCUUUGGUGCAGAACUCUGAAUGUAACUAGGGAGCUUUCAGUUCUGAAGUUAGUUUGGUUACAGUGUGGUAUUGCUGUGGAGUUCUACUGCAUAAGCCAUGUCCAAAGGAUCUCUUUAUGUCCAAAGACCCUUGUGCACUAUUGCUUUCAGACAGCCCCCCCAGUAAACUCAAAGGAUCAGGUUUGACUAAAAAUGUUGCUAGAGAGAUUGUAACAGCAUCCUGAAAAAAGGAAUUUAAAGUUAGGAGGGUACUCAGAGGCUGUGUAUUUGGAUAUGAAUUCCAUAUGAAAUUCAAUGGGUGUGGUCUUGUACAGAGAUCUUAGUCUUGUCAUCAAGUGGGGCACCCUCUUAGCAUUGCAGGAAAAAGCCUGUUUUCCAAAAUCAAGUCUUGCUAUGGCUUCUAGAAACAUGUUAGUUGUAAAAUCAGUGUAGGUGUGGACUGCGGCUUUCUGGUUGGAAGUCAGUUGUUUGGAAUUUUGCAGGUGGCAUUUGCAGUCUGUCUGUUCAGAGGAUCCCUGGCCAUGGAUUUGUACGCUGUUGGGCUAGCUGUUGUUGAUUUGUCCUUUUUGGAAACCCUUACAGGUGGUCUCCAACACUUUUUGUGGCCAUCCAUGAAAAAUACAUAAUGCCACAAUACUCAGAGUAGGUUUUUUAAACUUACUUAAAUAUAGUAGUUGCCAAGUGGUAGCUCUGCUUGCAAGAAGUGCUCAUACAAGUCUGUCACAGGCCACCACUGGAAUAGUUUAGAAAUUACAUUAAAGGAGCUGGAGCUCUUAAAUUUUUUUUUUAUUUGGUGGUUUGUUUUUUUAUUUUUUUCCCUCUGAUUUGAGAGGUGUAAUCUGGCCUCGUGUUAAUCACCUUAAAGGAGUUACCUAGAUUUAUCGAAAUCAUUAUGUGCAAAAAGAAUAUGGAUACAUGCAUUUGCAUGUAUGCAUACCCAAGUGUUUGUAGAAUAAAAUCCUUAGCAUUACAUAAGAUACUGAAAAUAUAAGGAGACUGUUAAUGAUUGCCUUCAAAAUUUUGGUGUCGUUGACUGGGGGUGUGUGGUGGUGUGUGGAGAAAGUUAAAAAAAAAAAAGGGACAUGAUGGACUAUUUUCUAAACCAAAUGCAGUGCUUACAUACCUGCUGAUUAAAAAAAGAUAACUUCUGUAUGUAUUCUUACUUUGGGAAGAUAUUUAAAGACUGUUUUGAAAGAGAAAUAACUUCUUUGAUACAGAAAUAUUUAAAUCAGUAUUCAUAGCCUUGGUGAAUUUUAGCUGUUUCAUGAUAAAGCAUCUACGGAGUCAUCAACAUUUUAUUCCUGUUUAUCGUAGCCAAGCUAUGUAGUGAUACAGAUAUUUGAAUGAAAUAAUUUCUUUUUA